UUUAAUCAAAUAUGUGCAGAAUCUGCAGAAUCCAAGUCACAUUUUAAUGUUUUAAAAAGUACCUGCAUCGAAGUUCGUUCGUACCUGCAUCGAAUUGCAGAUACACAAACAUUGAUACAUGCAUACUAUUGAAAAAAAAUCACACAUAUCUCAUCUCGUUAUGGCGUUUUUACAACACAAGGGUCGGGCCGCCAAUCAUUUCAACCUCGAGAUGGAUUCUGCAGUAUCUGAUGAGCCGCGUGAUGUCGCCGAGGAUGCAGCCUGCGUCGGACAAGACAAUGCACCACUUCAGUUUGACACGAAUGGUAUGGAGGGAAUCGAAGAAAAGAAAUUGGCUGGCUCCAAGGAAGAACUGCCUUCGUGGAUGAAAAGUAAACUACCGGGAGUGAAGAAAGUGACAAACAAGGAACGUCGCCGCAGACAGAACCAGCACCUCAGGCGACUCCUCACGCCCAAGAAUGCAGUCAUGGUGAUCAACGAAAUGAUUCCUAAGGAGCAGAUUGCCAAUAAUUUCAAAGUGGAGCCAAACCCGAACAAGCACUUCAAGCAAACGACCCCCACGUACUGCGCAGACCUCACCAUUGACGGCACCGUGUACCAAGGCUACGGUGAAAACAAGCUGCUAGCACGCAGCGCGGCCGCCGAGCAAGCCGUCAGAGACAUCAUCAUCAAAAAGAUCAAGAAAUGUGCUGAGAGCAGCACUGAGCCCGCCGAAGAGGAGCCGCUGCCCAUGAUCCAGCUGGCGUCCUUCGCUCUACACAAGCUGUUCUCGGAGUGGGAGGGGGAGGGAUACAAAGUGCCCCUGCUCCGCCCCGCCGCCGCCAGUGUGUCGGACUCGGAGAGCACGCAGUCGGGGCCGGUGGGCGGCGCCACGGCGGGCGCGGUCGAGCACAAGCCCAGCAAGCCCGCCAAGAUCAAGACUCUGCCCUCCAACGCCAGCACCAUGCACCCCUGCAUGCUGCUGGCCUACAUGAAGCCGGCCCAGGAGUACCGCGAGCUGGCCGUGGACGGCGACAAGCCCCAGAACAUGAUGUUCACCAUCGGACUCGUGGUCGAUGGUAAAACUUACGUCGGGAAAGCGCCCAACAAGCGCGAGGCCCGCAAGGCCGCCGCCCGCGUCGCCUGCGAGACGCUCUUCGGGGUGGAGUUCGCCGACAGACACAGCGAGAACACACCGCGACACUAGCCGACACCGGCCGACGCGAGCCGACACCGGCCGACACGAGGCUACACGAGCCGACGCGAGCCGACACGAGCCGACACCGGCCGGUCCCACGACGGCAGAGCACUAAACACUCUCCAAUGUCCUUUACUUUUAUAAUUUAAUACAAAAACCAUUUCACGUUAACACUCCACAGUUUUUGUUGAUGGCUAUUUAAGAAUAAGAUUUCAAAAGUUGUUUUAAAAACAUCGACGACAGCUUACCGCCUGGCGCGUUACUGAAAUUGCUUUACAUUAGUACUUAAGUAUGUUUGAUGAACAUUAAACUGAUGUUCAUACACUCUCAUAGAGGUGAGACUUGUAUGUCUGUGUGACUCGUAGGGAAACAAUCUCCAAAACUAUUAGAUCUAUUUAAAGAGUAAUGAUUAAGAGUACUGUUAAGCGAUACAAAAAAACUGAUUUAUUUUGACACAAAUUUAAAUAUGUAUUUUGAUAUUUCAACGAGAGAGACUGCAGAGACGCCGGCCCACACUCGGAAUUACAUAAAUUCUGUGGAACCUAGUUGCCGGCUCUAUAAAAUUCAACGAGCCAACCCGAAGUCAUGUAGAGUUGCUAUGGACUUCACAACUAUUUACAAUCUGGAUGAUUUUUAAUUUAAUGCAAAUUAGUUAAGCAAAGUGGCAACACAGGCUGCUAGGUAUACUUGCCAGGGAGUUUCGCAAAAUUUUAUGAUGAUUGAUCGAGUAGUUGAGACGUUAAGACGCAACAUACGAACUUAGUUUCGUGUCUAUUGUUAAUAAUGUAGCAUGGGUAACACAAUCUGUUACUAAAGGCGGCAAGGAUAUAGUUGCCGCGUCAACGAGAAGGUCUGAGUCCCAAAGGAAACAACAAAAAUACCCUCGAGACCAUCGCAAGCAGCGCUCAGUUCCAAGUAUAGCUCGAACGCUUUCUGAUGUCGCGAUCGACACAACAAACUGUCGGUACAAAACUAAAUGAUAGACUUAUUGAAGUAGGGCAACUGGCUCGUCAUCAUGUGAUCGUACAGUAAUCAGUAUUACUUUACUGACUACAAAAUUAAAAUCUAUUUUACAUAUAUAGUAUCAUAUUUUAAAUCGUAUGCGUAGCCACAAAACUAGAUGCUUAUAUAAAUUAAGUAUAUGAAAAUGAUAAUCUGUAUCUUUUAGUAAGUUUUAAUUUUUGACACUAGCAACAUUAUAACUGCGGCAGUCAUCAAAUCAUUUAUACGAAAGAGAAACAAUAUGUUUUGAACGGAAUAAAUAUACAGAGCAGUUAA